AUGGACGUCCGUGGCGUCGUUGCACCAGUGUCUGAGUCGCCCGGCGAUCUGUACUGGGUGAAACGGUCCAGGACUCUUGUGGAGGCAACCCGGAUAUCGGAGCGUAAGCCACCCAGCGAAGGCUUCGACGAGCCUUCCCUGAAAGGCUGCAAACGAGAAGAGGAUAUCCACGCGGGUAGGACAAAUUUGUCGGACACCACGGUCCCAUCGACACCUUCCACUCUGUGCGCAAGCACGUGCUCUACGGUGACUCCGGCAACAAGUUCUGGCAUCCCGUCGAGUGCAUGGAGUCAGUUUUCUGGCGGCAACACCCCACGAGAAUGCCCUUCCUCCUCGGCGUCAUCUACGUUGACCCAGCUAGAUGCCACGCAGCAAGAGCCAAGCGCAGACCGCCAGGUCGACGCGAACAUCCCCAACGGUUCCAACGACAGCGGUAACGACCUAGACGAGACGCCGUGUCGGAGUGAUUACGGAGAAGGCUAUGAGGUAGGCACACAAGUCGGAGAGGAAAGCUCUUGUACAACCCACGGGGUAAAGCGCCCGCGGGAGCAAACCCCGCGUGUCGACCAGUCGCAGCAUGCGCAAGAGGGCAGCAGGUUUUCUCACGCUAGCGACGGGCAGACGCCAGAUGAGAUGCCCCCUCGGGCGCUCCCAGGCGACCUUGGCAGUCCCCGACGCAAGAAGGAGUGUCUCGCGCAGAGCCAGUAUCCUCGCCUCGAUGGACAUCCCACACCUGCUGGACCCCGGUUUCACCGCAAUCAGUUCGGCAACUCCGGGGCACAGGAGGAGUCAAUGCCGCGUGUACGAAGCAAUGCUGCUGACAUCUUUGAUGGUGCCAUGGGGUCUUCGGAGGCAUCGUGUGAAGGGCGUCAUCCGCUGAAUAGGAAGCGAGCAGGCGGAGCAACAGCGGGCAAUGAGACUGCAGACAGAGCGUCUGAGCACGCUUCUAUGGACAACCCGCCCGAACAAGAGAGCAUUGAUGUGCGUGGAGCAGCAGCAGAUCCAGUUUCAGAUAAGGUUGGUUCUGAAGGAGUCGAAGGAGAACCUACGACCUUGUCGAGCGGUGACAGCCGCAGCACCACGUCCUCCCGAGCUGGACAGAGCAGCUUGAGAAAGGUAUCGGGAUGCCAAGGUUCAAUCAACCAGACGCGUUGCAGUGACCCCCCCGAUAGUGAUGCGGUUGAAAAUGUUAGGAUGAAAGACGCAGCAUCUUUCCGCAGAGUCGGGAUCACUGAAAACUCAAAGCGGGGGAAAAUAUUCGAGAUGCUGAAACAACUCGGGUGGAAGUGGAGUGGCGGCACUCUCCACAAGCUGAGCAACGAGUAUUGGAUGCUGAAACCAGGAGCAACUGUGAGGAACGGUGAAGCUGGUGUGGACAAGUUCGCAGGGCAGGGACAAACUAUCGAGUAUGUGCAGAGCGUAUUGCGUCUAUCGGCCGCAGCCAACUCAGAUGGGCAAGGGCAGCUCAGUGAAGAGAACACGAACGGGGAGGGGGAGGAGGAGGAAGAAGAGGAAGAGGUGAAGGUGGAGGAGGAGAAGGAGGAGGGGGAGGAGAAUGGUGGGAGGGAGGACAUGACGAAGGAGCCAGAGCAGCACAGGCUACUAACCUCAACGACAAAAGGGCGAGCCUUGCAGUCGGCGUUAGAAGCCUUGAACCCUUCCAACGCACCAGAUGUUUUGAAGCGGCGUACGACGGAGUUUAACCAAGUGCUGCAGUUCGUCACCAACAGCGUCGCGAAAGCAUCCGGGGGAAGCUUGUACCUCUGCGGCGUUCCUGGAACAGGCAAGACGCAGACCAUGGCGCAUGUGCGAGCCGAGGUCCAGGAGAAAUUCUCCAAGGGUCACAUUCCAGCACCGGCUUUCCAUGCUUUCACGGGCACGGAGUUCACAUCCCCGAAUGCAAUGCAUGGGGCGCUCUGGCGAGCUAUCAAUGGUGCCCGCGGGGGUGAAGAGGGCAUCGGCACUGAGAAGAAGCUCGACAACAAGCUCAAGUAUUGGCAAAAGAAGCCGACCGCAACGUCGCCGAUGCUUGUGGUCGUGUUGGACGAGAUCGAUCAGCUGAUGACUGAAAAUCGCCAAGUGCUGCGCAAGCUCUUCCAGUGGGCAGAUGCCCCCAAGUCUCGCCUGGUGCUGGUGGGGCUAGCAAACUCUUUGGAUUUUAACAUCAGCUUCUCCGGUCUCAAGAAGGCACCCCAGAGGCUUCUGUUUCAGUCCUACACCCCAGAGGAUCUGGCAAGCAUCCUGACAGAGAGAGUGGGAUCGACCGUGCACCCCUCUGCGAUCCAGUUCUGUGCGAAAAAGGCGGCUGCAACCACUGGUGACGCCAGGAGGGCACUCAACACGUGCCGUGAGGCCGUUGUUCUUGCCGACCAAGAGUUGCAACAGAAGCUUGACGAUGCAACUUCGGAAGCAGAGCGGGAGCAGCUAGGAGAGGGGGGUGGGGACAAUUUGGUCACCAUUAGGCACAUGGCUAAAGCAGUGGCGGCCGGGAACGCCGCCAAAUAUGCAGGCGCCAUUGCCGCCCUAUCCUUACAUGCCAAGGUCGUCUUGACUGUGGCAGCCGCUGCGGUUGGGGCAGUAUCAGACCGUGGAGGGGGUGCCGGGGCGCAUGGCAGUAAAGGCGUGAGGCUUACGCAGGGGAGCUUGCAGGAGAAGUGCAGUAGUGCAUGGAGGAAAUUGCAAACUGCGGGGGGACCGAGCCAGAUAGAGUUUACGGGGAUCAUUGAUCUGCUUGCGGCUUCGGGUCUGCUUGGAUUGAAGUCGAAGCAGCAGACCGGUGGCCGCACCCGCGAGUUGGUGCUGAAGAUUGAGUUUGCAGACCUGGAGGCAGCGUUGGGGGACCAAUCUUUUUUCAAGACGGUCACGGGUGUUCAGUAGUUAAACGGCGCUCUCUGUAUUGGGUAUUUUUAAACUUGAGUUGGAAGGUUCUCAUCUGCGAGAACAUAGCGGUUUGUGAAGAUGUUCCGAUAGUUUCUUCGGAUCGAAAGGAUGUCUGGAUCAUGCGUGUUCCACGUGUUGUCUAUUGUAGGUUCUGUAAGUUUUAUGUGAAUGGGGCAAUUUUCGUACCCUGUAGCGCGACGCUUCUGGCAUUUGAGGCCCGUGAAGGGUUUGAAUUACGAAGAAAAGCUGCUGGAGCGCACGGUUGGGCGCUUACG